UAGUGACGGGAAUCGAACCCACUACCCUGGCGUUGCAAGCGUCAUGCUCUAUCAACUGAACUACGAAGGAGCACGUCAAUAGAAUUUUAACGGAUUCUAAAAUGAAUCAUAUCAUUUCAAACUUUCUAUGGCAACACAGUUGUCCAUUUUGUAAACAAUCAUUUUCGAACGUGUGUUGCCAAGAUACAUCUAACCGACGUUCUAUGGAACGUUUUCUGUGCGAAAACAACAACUUCUGUUUGCUGCUGACAACAAACUGGAUUGAUUUUUCAGACCUGAGAACAAUCGACUGGAAAAUGCCUGGGUGCUUUUCAAGACUGGCGGAGAGAGGUUCGUGAUCGUCGACAGAUGGACAGUGACAGCGACUUCGAAGAGGAAACAACUGUCCUGGAUGAGGUCCAGUUGGAUGUGCCAUUGGAUGAUGUGCCAGAUGUUCCACAGCUGCCAGUCCUCCUUGAUGUCCAGAAUGCUGCUAUCAUCCUUGAGGAUGUGCCAGAUGUGCAGACUAUCUUUGAGGAGGCCACUGGCAAUUGGCAGUUAAUUCUGAUUAGGUUCAGCCCCCUGUACUGUGGGCCUGUUGUGAUCAGGAACAAUGCCGGUCCGGUGGUUAUAGCUUGGAGAACUUUCCAGUUCAUCAGCCCCAUCAUCACCUACAUGCGUGGGGGAUCCCAGCAGGUGGUGGUGAGGAUGCACCACGUGAGUAGGGUGAGAGGCCUGGAGACUCAACUGGUGUGGGCCAUCUCCAAGGAGACAGCCAGGCUUAGUCCAGAGGGCAUCCCCUACUGUGCCACCAAAGUGCAGUCCAUCACUUGGAUCCAGCGUGUGGCUGGCAGGGUGACCCACUAUGCGUCUCACCUCCGCCACGAGACGUCUGUGGACGUGACGCUUGGCUGCUACCAGCAGACUGAUGUCUCAGUGGUGUACACCACUCUCCACAUGGGGCUGGACGGGCUUCUCUCCUCUUCAGCGUGGUCGGAGGCUGCCUCCUUCUCUACGCCCACCACUCAGCACUUCACUGACCCAGAGCCUGAGGGCCACAACUGCUAUGAGGGCUGGGAGGAGGACCUGCUGCCUGAGGAGAGGGAGGUUCCUCUGCUAAACCUCUACCUCACCACCAAGAGAGUGGAGGACAUCGCCCUGAGGCUCAUCUCCCUGCGCCAGGCCUUCACUACCCUGCUUGGUUCCACCCUGAGCAGGAACCAUCUGUUUGUGGCGGGAAAGGUCCUCCUGGGCGCACUGGUUCAGGCCAACCACAUGGACGAGGCCAAGUUCAUAAGUACCUAUAACGACUUUGUGGACUACCUGAGUGACCCCUCCAAGCGGAAUGACAUUGAGAGGGAGCUGGCUGAGGCAAAGAUCCAUCAUGUGAACAUGAUAGAUGUCCUCUUUGAGCUGGUGCUGUUUGGGAUGAUGACAGCUCAGAAGUCCCUGAUGGUGCAUCCUGGUGGGUUCGUGGAGCGUCUGUACGCUCUCCUGUACUCCUUCCUGCCCACUGCUGCCAACAUGGAGCCAGAGGCUGACAGAUAUCUGCUGCAGCUCAGUGAUUCUUGUGACACUUUGCCACCCAACAGGGAUCUAGACACCAAUGCACUACAUUACUUUACACUGAUUUUUACAUUUUUAAAUAAAAUAAGUUGUAGUUCAAAAACAUUUUGCCUCAAUUCGUCGGGCAUGGACUCUACAAGCUGCCCUAAGCGUUCCACAAGGAUGCUGGCCCAUGUGUCAAGUUGUCUGGACGUCCUUUGGGUGGUGGACCAUUCUUGA